GUUAUCACAAGCCCUACAUCAGGGUGCAUAUUUCAAAAUUGCUUUCUUAGGUUUCUGAAGCAUUUGGAUUCUACCACGUAGCAGCUGUCUGAACGAAGGUGUGCUGGCAGCAAAAGCAGCUUCUCUGAAGUUGGGCCUUGCAGUGAACACCAGCAAUCUGGUGGACGAUCAUCUUUACCAUCACAUGCUACCAGUUUAUCCCAGUGUUCAUUAUCUAAUUAAAUUGUACCAAACUGGGGGAAAAAUGGAGUUCUGGUGCUUCCUGGUUUUAUCAGCUCUCUUUAUAGAGUCCAUAGCAGCAAUGCGAGGCCGACACUAUAACGCAAUGGAAAACGAGGCUUUAAUUGCGUUGUGUCCCAGAUCAACAAAACCUGGAUCCCAAGUUUACUGGACUUACUUUAAAUCUAAUAAAAGCAUUACUACCAGUAAAAGAAGUCGGAUAUAUUCCUCAGGGGUCCAACUCAAAUUUCUACCAACUUCAGUGAAAGACUCUGGAAUAUAUAAUUGUACUAUAAAAAGCCCCAAGGUCUCUUUUGGUGGAUAUGUUAAUAUCACAAUAUAUCCCAAACCACAAGGUUGUGUUGUCCCCAAAGACUUGUUGUAUAAAACAGCACAAGGAUCAGAAGUGAGGUCAAUGAUUCAUUGUCCUACAAUUGAACGUUAUAAUGAAAUAGCACGUGUUGACUGGUUUAAGAAUUGUAAAGCCCUCAAAGGACAACAUUACUAUGCAAAGGAAGAUUAUCUGAUAAUUAAAAAUCCAACAGCUGCUGAUACAGGAGAUUAUACCUGUAAAUUCAUUUACAGUGAAAAUGGAGUCAAUUAUGCUGUUACUGCCUCUAGGUCAUUUAUAUUUCAAGGUAAAAGUAAUUUCUCCAUGCUUCCAGAAAUUACUUCCCCUAUGCACCAUCAUGUAUUAGCAGUAGAGCUUGGGACCAAUGUGAGUAUGCCAUGUAAAGCUUGUUUCGGGAGAGGCUUACAGAUGAUAGAUGAAGUCGGAUGGUGCAUUAGAGAGAAAAAUAGUAUUAACUGCAUCAAAAAUUCUCGAUUUCAUGAGGAAAACAAAGCAACAAACAAGCACUUAUACUGUAGAACCAUCACUUUAAGAAUAGCCAAUCUGAAAAAAGAAGACCUCUCCUUGGAAUUUUAUUGUUGGGCGUUGAAUGGGCAUGGAGUGAAAGAACACAGCUUACAGAUCAGAAUAAAAACAACUGGUCAACAAAGCACCUACUACAUACUUGCAGGAUUUAGUACAUUGUUAAUCCUAAUUAUUACAUUAACAGUAAUAUUAAAAGUCUUCUGGAUUGAUUUGAUUCUGCUAUGGCGAGAGGUAGCUAGACCUUAUAAAUCCAGGGAUGAUGGAAAGAUAUAUGAUGCUUAUAUCAUCUAUCCCAGAAACUACAAAAGCAGGACUGAGAAUGUUAAUUCCAUGGAACAUUUUAUUCACCAGAUUCUGCCUGAAGUUCUUGAAAAGAAAUGUGGUUAUAGCUUAUGUAUCUAUGGAAGAGACCUUCUGCCUGGAGAAGAUGCAGCAAGUGAAAUGGUAAAAUGCAUACAGAAGAGCCGAAGGCAAAUUAUCAUAUUGAAUCCCAAAGUGGAGCACGGUGAGGAAUUUGCCUAUGAGCAAGAGAUCGCUUUACACUGUGCUUUGAUGCAGAAUGACUCCAAGGUGAUCCUUAUUGAAAUGGAGACAAAUGGUGACACUGGAGAACUGCAGGAUUCUCUCAAGCACAUUAUUAAACAGCAAGGCAUCCUUAAGUGGAAGGGAGACCAUGUCACCAACACAUACUCAUUUAAUUCCAACUUCUGGAAGCGUAUACAGUACCUGAUGCCAGCGAGAAGCAAAUCCUUAGGUCCACUUCACAGUGGCAUGUGAAGGCCAGGACAUGAUUGUUAGCUUUCCCAAGCUCCUAUUAGGAAAAAAAAAUGUUUGUUUUCAUAUCUGUCUUUAGAUUUUUCUUUUUAAUUUUCAGGGUAAGCUGGUAUUUCACCUAAAGGAUGGGGAUAGAGAGAAGGAAGUAAGCAAGAAUUAAAAGGCAAUAAAUACUUUAAGAAGUCUUCCUUUGGCAGCUCUAAUUUCUCUGUCCUACUUUCUAGUCAGUGCAAAUGGCUCAGAAAGUUUCCCACUUUUUGUCUGUUUCUGCUCCACUUCCUUCUUCUUUUGUCAUACCCCAAAACCCAAGUUGUGUGUAUGAAGGAAACCUUCUCUCCCUCCCACUUCCAAAUCUCGUUCUAGCUGCAUACAUCCUUAGUCACCACAAUCCACAUUCUGAAAAACUGGAGCAAUAGAAUCCUAGAAUAUUUUCAUACAAAGAGGCCUUCAUGAAUAUUGGACCUCAACCUAGAUGACAAAACAGUGAAUAUUUUAUCUCCAUGAAAAGUACAUAAACUAAGAAACCAAUUCAAAGAGGCCUUAUAUUUCUUUUAUUUUGUACUCUUCAUAUUGAAAAUUUUAUCGAUAUACAGAAUUCAGGUUUUUCACCUUUAAUAUCAAACCUCAUAUUUUUCAGUGAAAAAAAGGCAUCUAUCCCUACCCCCAUAGUCCCCAAGGCAUUUUACUUCUCCCUAUGAUGUUUGCAUGCACAGAUGCUGUUAUUUCCAUUUUACUGUUGGAAAAAAAUCCACAUUUAAUCAAAUAACUAGCAUUUAUAAUAGCACUUUAAAGUUUGCAGAGCUCUUUACAAGAAGUAUCUCCUUUUAUCUUUGAAACAACUCUGGUAGGUAGAUGCUGUUAUUCCAUGUUAUAGAUGAGGAAACUGAGGCAGACAGAGGUUAAAUA